AUGAAGAGCAACAAGAUUCAGAGAAACCUGUUUUUGUCCUCCAUUCCUCUUUGUGGUCUUCUCCUCAUCUUAAACCUGGAGCCAUCCAGCACUUAUCCCAUCAACACGGGCUUGACAGACACCGAUAUGGACAUCCUAAAAGUUCUGCUGCAGAAACUUGAAGAGUCCGUUUCAGAGCAGACUGCAAUGGAUCAAGGAACCCCUGAGGAGAAUGUAGGUGUUAACAGACUGAACAUGGAGGAAACAUCUAGCGAGCAGCAGCCUCAGAUGGGCUUGGAUGAGGCUGAAAUCAGAGAACUUCUUUCGGCGAAGAACCUGAAGAACGUCCGGAAUGACUCCUCCAAGAAAACUUCUGGCUGCUUUGGGCGACGGAUGGACAGAAUAGGCUCAAUGAGCACCCUGGGCUGCAACACGAUUGGCAGAUAUAAUCCAAAGUAAAGAUGAAGUCUUACCGUCUAACUGAUGCUACUCCAAAGUCUGUACCAAAGUCUGUGUUCAAUUAAAUGCUAUUUAUUAACUAAUAUUUACUGUUUAUUGUUGUCGCC